UGUAGAGAACUCUUUUUAAGCUCUUACCUAGUAGGAGUAGUAUCUAAAAACUCUGAAAUCGUGUAAGCCAAACGGUUUCUUUUUCCUCUGCGUUUAAUUAAAAACCGAAAAUUUAAAAAGAAAAAAUCGUUUAGAUUCCAGAAAUCAAGGAACAGAGAGAAGAGAGACUAAAGUAACGAAAUUUAGAGCUGAAAGCACAAAAGAUUGGGAAUUUUUCUUCGGUUUUAUUUCUCCACGAAUCAGAGUAUUGUAGACACGUUCUUCGAAUCUCUAAGACUAAAAAUCGUAAUUUCUUGUUUUUUUGUUUAGUUUUCUAUUUGUUUUUGCGAUUUCACUGUCUCUUCAUCUCUAUAUAAACUUUACUCGACAACAGGAGUGUCCCGUGUUCUUUGAGCACAAAGUAGAGCAGAAACAAAGCGCAAGAUUAAAAAAAAAACUUCCUUUGCGUCUAGAUUGAAAAACAGCAUCAAGACAACUACCAAAAAUCUCAGGUUUCUUCAUCUUAUUAAAUCUAUCGUACUUGAACUAUGUACUUGUGCCUGAAUCGAGCCUGGACUCUAGAUUGUUGUUGAUUCUGAAAGAUUCAAGCUUUUUGCUCCAAGUUUCCAAGAGAGCGGUGAAUCACUUUACACUUGGUCUCUGCACACUGCUAAAACCGGUUUUGGUUCGGCAAGACAACAGUUUUCUUUCAGAAGCUUUAUUUUUUCUUUGUCUCAUGAUCACUGGUUUGCUGCAAUGGGGUAUGUAAACGUGGAGAAGAGAUGGGUUUUUCCUCUUGUGAUCACAUCUCUUGUCUGCGUUUUUCUCCUUGCAACCUCUUUCAACAUGGGCCUUGUCUCUUCUCUUCGAAAAAUCAACGGAAUUUUCUCCAUCAUCCCUUCACGUCUCGUCAGGAAUCAAACGAGACUUGAUUUUGCAGAGUCCAAAGUUGCUAGACAAGUCCAUGUUUUGCCUCAUGAAGACAAGCUUCCCCGUUUUGCAUACCUCGUUUCCGGGUCUAAAGGGGAUGUAGAAAAGCUUUGGAGAACGCUAAGAGCAGUGUACCACCCUAGAAACCAGUAUGUUGUUCACUUGGAUCUUGAAUCUCCGGUGGAUGAGAGAUUGGAGCUGGCUUCUCGGAUUGAUAAGGAUCCUAUGUAUUCUAAAACCGGCAAUGUCUAUAUGAUAACCAAGGCUAAUCUUGUGACUUAUAGAGGACCAACAAUGGUGGCAAAUACCCUUCACGCUUGUGCAGUUCUUCUUAAGAGAAGCGCAAACUGGGAUUGGUUUAUUAAUCUUAGUGCUUCAGAUUAUCCCCUGGUGACCCAAGAUGAUCUGCUUCAUACGUUUUCUACUCUGGACCGGAACCUCAACUUUAUUGAACACACAAGUCAGCUAGGUUGGAAAGAGGAGAAGCGAGCAAUGCCAUUAAUGAUUGAUCCUGGACUCUACUUAUUGAACAAAUCAGAUAUAUACUGGGUCACACCUCGUCGAAGUUUGCCAACUGCGUUUAAGUUAUUCACUGGAUCUGCUUGGAUGGCUCUAUCACGUUCGUUUGUAGAGUAUUGCAUAUGGGGAUGGGACAAUUUACCACGAACACUCCUAAUGUAUUACACCAAUUUCGUGUCUUCCCCAGAAGGUUACUUCCAAACUGUAAUCUGCAACGUGCCCGAGUUCUCAAAAACCGCAGUAAACCAUGACCUUCACUACAUCUCCUGGGACAAUCCGCCGCAGCAGCACCCACACGUGUUGUCACUCAAUGACACGACGCAGAUGAUAUCGAGCGGUGCUGCAUUUGCAAGAAAAUUCAGAAGAGACGACCAAGUGCUCGACGUGAUCGAUAAGGAGUUGCUUAGACGGAGCAAUGAUAAAGAUGGUUUUACUCCUGGUGGGUGGUGCAGUGGGAAACCAAAGUGCUCCCAGGUCGGUGAUGUGGCUAAGAUUAAGCCUAGUGCUGGAGCUCUGAGGUUUCAGGGACUUGUGACCAGGUUAGUCAAUGAGGCCAAAACAGGAGUUAGUCAGUGUAAAUAGUUCGAAUUUUGGAAGGGAAAAAGAAAAGGAAUCAUUUUGGGGAGGGGCUUGGAAUCGAAUUCAGGGAGAGUGAGACUGUUCUUGCGAUAUAUAUAAUAUAUGUAUACAUAUAUAGGGUUUCAGAGAAUCUUGCAGUUGCAGAGAGAGCUUUAGUUCGGUUUAGAAAGGCUCUUACACAUUGUUUUGAUUAAGUAGAAGCCAUGUGUCCCACGUCACCUACUCUGGUCUCAUAUUUGGGGAUUAGUCUGUUCUUGUUUCAGGUCAUCUCCCUCAGAUUCACAAACUAAAUAAAAUUUAUAAUCUUUUUUA